AUGGCGCUGGCUCGGGGUGGCGGGUGUGCAGCUGGAGCUGAGGCAGGCACGGCUGACGUGCGAGGGAGCGGCGGCUCGGCUGCAGCCGGGUGGCCCGCGGCCUCGGGCCGCCCCGCGGAAAGCCCGCGGCACAACUCCUCGGCGGCCGCCCCGUUCCCCGAGGUGGCUCCCGCCUUCGGUGAGACAGCGGUCCCGGCGGGGACCGAGGCGAGCUCCCGACCCCGCCUCGAGAGGCGGACACCUGCGGGGGCACGCGAGGAGAGAGGCAGUGCCGGGGCGGCGGGAAGAGCGAGGGACGGCGGCGCCAGCGCUCCGGCUCCGGCACGGCCGCCUGGGAGGGAGGCAGCGGCGGCGCGCCUCGGACUCCGCCUAAGCGGCCCCGAGCUCCCCUCCCUCCUCGCGGCGCCGAGCUCCCAGGAGCGGAGCAUCGCAUCGCAUCGCAUCGCAUCGCGGCGGCGGCGGCACCCGCCCCUCCCGGCCGGCCCGCGGCGCACGCCGCCUCCCUGCCUCUCUCCCUCCGCGCGCAGCCCCGCCGGCGGCCAUCGGGAAGCCCCCGCGCCGCGGCACCCCCGCCCCGCACGCCCACCGCCGGGAGGAUGGGCUGCGGGCGGCGGCGCGGCGGCCCCCGAGCUCCCUGAAGCCGCGGAGACAAAGGGAGCGAGCGGCAGCGCAGCCGGGCUGGGGUGGAUGCGAGCAACCAUGAAAGGCUGCGUCUCCGCCUCCUCCUCCGCUGCUGCCAGAGAGCUGCCGGCUGCCGCCGCUCGGAGGACUACACUGUGA